CAGAAAGGCGACAGGGGGCAGGGCUUCCUGUGGGAAAGGGCCGGAGGGAGGCGGCGGCCUCCUGCCUGGCUCUGCGGGGCUUUCCGCCCGGCCAGGACUUUGCCGAGGUCACUCGCGCGCGGCCGCUCUUGGCGCGGCCGUGGGAGGCUCGGUGGCGCGAGAGGACGGGCGACCUGCGGGCUCGGAGAGCCCGCACGGCGCUGACAACGACGGUCCCCCACCGUUCUCCCACCGAGGUUUCCACCAGAAGCUUCGUAAGUCCCCAGGAGAAAAGACAAGGUUCAGGAGUCCUGAUCUAGCUGUGGCCACUGGAAGGCUCUCAGGCCGGGAGCGUCAUGUCCACCUUUGAAGACGCUGAUACAGAAGAGACGGUCACUUGUCUCCAGAUGACCAUUUACCAUCCUGGCCAGCUGCACAGUGGGAUAUUUAAAUCAAUAAGGUUUCGCAACAAAGAAAAGUUCCCUUCUGUUGAAGUGGUGAAAUUUGGACGGAAUUCCAACAUGUGCCAGUAUACGUUUCAGGACAAACAGGUUUCCCGAGUUCAGUUUGUUUUACAGCCGUUUAAACAGUUCAACAGCUCGGUUCUCUCGUUUGAAAUUAAAAACAUGAGCAAGAAGACCAGCCUGAUGGUGGAUAACCAGGAGCUUGGCUACCUCAAUAAAAUGGACCUACCUUACAAAUGCAUGCUCAGGUUCGGAGAGUAUCAGUUCCUACUGGAGAAGGAAGACGGAGAGUCCGUGGAAUCUUUUGAGACUCAACUUACCUUUUCUCCGAGACCUCUCUUGCAAGAAAACAACUGGCCAACACAGAGUCCCAUACCGGAGGAUGGGGUGUAUUCUUCCUAUUUCACCCACAGAAGUUCUCCUGCAGAAAUGGAUGAAAACGAACUGUGAAGAGGGCCCGUCUGAGACGCAUGAAGGAUGAGGACACGUGGGUAGACACUGGAGAGGCAUCGGCUUCCUUGGAGUUUGUGAAUGCAGCGUGACACAGAUGUCUGCACGCUGACUUCAGCUUUGGUAAUAGCAUUUGGAAGUCUAUAGACCGUGUUAGUCAUCAGCUUUGUCAACUGUUUUGAGUUUCGGCUCUACAAAGAAUUAAGUGUACGUCUGUAAGGGUUGGUGCACAAGACUCGUCUUCUGCGUAUUGAGGUCACUCUCAUUGCCUUUCUGCUUUACGUCAUCCCCAUGAUUUGUCUCGGUGGCAGCCAUCUCUUGGCCUGGUCACAUCAUUUCGUAGCAGCCUUUGUUUUUCAAGGUUAGAGCCCAAGGCAGAUUGCUCGCUGGUGUCUGAGGCAUGCUCAUGCUUGUCGAACAGAGUCCUGGAGUGAGUUCUAGAGUGCUGAGUCACUGAGUUAGUUCACUGUGGCUUCGUUAUGGAAAGACUUGAGAAAUGGCUCCUUGAUUUUCUUUCUAUGGAACCGUGAUGUCACUUUCCUAUACGUAGGACCUACAACUAGCAUUGAAAGAACACUGAGAGUAAGAUUGUUUUCUUAUGAAAUUGAAGGUGGAUUUUAUGUAUCAUACAGGUUUAAAAAUGGCAGAAAUGAAAACUUUUAACAACCUCUUUGCAUACGAUGACGUCGAAGCUCAGUUCCUCGGCUGCUUCUUUGAAACUUCUUAAAGGAAAAUAUCUGUUCUUAGGCUGCUCUGUAGAAGUCAGUACAUGUGAAUAUUUAUAAUAAAUGCUUAAAUAUUUCUAAACCUCUA